CGCACACGUUCAAGUGGACGACUGCAGUGCGUUCAUACUGGUGACGUCACACAGGACAUCUGCUGCCCACACUGUGUGCUGGGCGGUUCAAAAACAGUGUUAAGCAAACACUGAGCCUUUUUUAAAGAACCAAGAAAAAAGGAAUACAAAGAAGCAUAUUUUGCAGAAGGGGAAUAAAACGGAGAUUGUUUUUUUUUGGGGGGGGGGGGCAAGUGGAAAAGGGAUAUAAUAGAGUAUUUUUUGCAGUUUCAGGUGGAAAACGAAUGUAAAGGAGUGUUUUGAAAGCUGCCGAAGGGCAGAAUAUGAAGGAGUCAUUUUAAAGGUGCUGUGGGGAAUAUCAAGGAGCCUCUUUAAUUGAGCAGACUGCGGCGGGCUGAACUCCUGCAGGGCAUGCACUCUGGCGGGGCUUGUCACUUCCUCGAGCAGAGGGGCCGCUGGCGGGGGGCCCCACGCCUUGGCAAAAUCGGGUCAUAGAAUGAUUUUGAAGUCAAGAUACAGCCGCAUUGUAGGCAACAAUGGAGUACAGCAAGAGCGCCGCUUUGUGAUCGCAAACAUACAGUUUGGGAAGACUGCAUGAGAGUAAACUCAGGUCAUGAAGCCUCAGGAGGCGGAGCUUGUCACAGAAAUCUCCAAGGUGCAGUGGAUGGUCUCGGAACUGAAGACGGGCUUGACGGGCGCCUUGCUGGAACUGGCCCACAUCCAGCACGGCGACUCGGUCAUGCGCGACGAGAUGGAGGACAACCGGCGCCGGUGUCGGGAGAAAGCGUGGCGCUUGGAGGCCCUGGUGGAGUCCCUCAGGGAGGAGCUUGGCGUCAUGCGGGGUCAAGUCGUGGCGCUGCGUGGCGCCGCGCAGCGCCAUCAAGAGGACGCAGAGAGUACUGCAGCUACAUGCAACGAAACUGAUCCAGCAGAGGCAUGCCGCGCAAAAGUUCUGCUACAUUGCUUCUUGCAGGGUCUCAAAGCUGGACUCACCGAAGGAACAGAUGCGCGACACCAGGUGGCGCUGCAGCUGCUCCACUCGGAGUGGGAGUACGUCUCCACUUUGGAGCAACUCCACGAUCAAUACAAGGGCACAACACCCACGCAACACGUGACCUCGAACCCUCACGAGAAAUUCGCCUCGUUGGUUGAGCGGCUCCUGCAGCGCCACCUGGUGUUCAGAGACACUCUGCAGGAGCGACUGGCCGCACAGCGAUGGAAGUCUCUGGUGGGAGAUGUUCUAGUGCGGCUCGUCGGACAGAACGACACUUCUUUCUCGGACGCCUACGUGGCCUACGUGGGCGCGCUGGCCUCCUUCCUCUCGCUGGAAGUCCACAAGUUGGGCAAGCAUGAGGAACAGGGAAGCGGCCAAGUGGAAAAGGACCAAAUCCAAGUGUUGUCGCUUCUUCUGGCGCCCGUCACUCGUGUCCAUGGCUAUCUGAGUCACAUCCAGAACUUGCUGCAGUGGACGGGCAAAGAGCAUCCGGACUGCAGCCUGCUCCUGGGCACCGAGCGAACACUCCGGGACAUUUUGUCACGAUGUCACACCAUCUUGGAGGAGGAGGUCCGCUGGGACAUUGGAGAUGCGCAUAGUUGCGGCGAAACAGAGGCCAGCAGCUUGUCUGCAGACAGCGCCUCUUACAGGACAAAGGGGGAAAGUGCAGCUCCGAGGGAGAGCCAGCAGGUGUCGGGCCUGACAAACGGGUCUGGUGUGGACCAGCACUCCAUGCGCGUGGAGUGCUGGUCCUGCAGUCCGGUGAGGCGGCAGACAUGUCGGUGCGCGUCGGCCCGCUGUUGCCUCGUCACACCGGAGCCUGAGGGCCACACUGGCUUUGAAGAGCCGCAAAGUGAUGCGGACAACACGUCCGCCUUUGAAGACUCCUCGGUGACCUCCUGCAGGGAAGAUGAGGACGAGGACAGUCAGGUUCCUGUCCUCCUUAAGCCGUCCUCUCAACAUUCGGAGAGAAGCGUCUGCCUCCGCUGGCAGAUUCCCAGGCGGACCCCUCAACCUCCUCCGAGGACACCCAACAACUGCGGAAAAAGGAUAGUCAGCGUCAGGAUGGGGUCACCGCCGCUUCGAGCCAAGAGUGCCUUCAGGCCCAUCUGGGACAAUCCGACAAAGCAGCUGUCUCCUGAGAAGGAGCACAGAGGCUUCUUGCCGGUCAAGACCCCCGCCAGGGUAAACUUUCUUACCCCCAGAGAACAUCAGAGAGCUGGACAAGGCCCGGUCCAGCCACCGCUGUCGGGCCAAUCUGUGGCGCCGCCCAGUGGACGAUUGUGGGAGGAGAGUGAGGACAGCGAGGGACCCUGCAGCACUGUUUGACUGCUCUAAGGCUUCUCAAACAUUUUGGUUUCUGAGACCAAGGAAAUAAAACCUUAACGUGUAGCUCGGAAUUCUAUAAGAAUUAUCUCGGAGAGAAAAAAAUGGCAAUGCAGCAUUACAAAUUAACAUUCUGUAGUUGUAAGGUUAUGAGAAUAAAGUUGUAUUUUGUUGGGAAAAGUCUUUUGGAAAUUAGGUCGCACUUUCUGCAAGUUUGCAAUUGCCUAUACAUGUCACAAGAUGGCGCCAAAGCACUUUUCUAUUAGGCAAGUCUAUUUAUUGCCUGACUAAUGAAGCUCCUCCCCUCAUUUCAACAGAAUUAUUAGGCCACAAGGGGGCGCUGAAGCAAAUCUUUUACAUCAGACAGUAUUGGCCAGAGCAGUGACAAUCAAUUGAUAACUUCAUAAUUGAUUACAUCUGAAUUUACCCCAAUCUAAUUUCCGUGCAUUAAUACUAGCAAACUGGGGCAGUAUAUAAUGAGUAAAAUAAAAAUAUUUUUAUUUCCUUUCCCUCAA